CCGAGAGGUAGUCUGGAGGCUUGUACCGGAACAGGGCCGACUUGUAUAACGUUUUUUUCUGCGUUUCAAAUGAGUGUUAAUUGAUGUCUGAAAGGGAGCAGCUUUAUAACCUCGUCUACUGAUACGGUGUGAUUGGAUUUACCGACACAGAGAGAUGACUCGUAUUAAAGACGCGUAAAGAUGCCAUCGUGGAUCAGGCUGAGGGUUCUCCUGUCUGCGCUGAAGUCCACUGCUUUCUGGACGGGACCUGUCCACGGAGAGCCCCUGUGCCAACUGCGUUCAGCGAUCUUUCUCCUGUUAUGGAACACAGACUACACAGAUUCUGGCUCUGGUAUGACAGAAGAGAAUCAGGUUCGUGGGACAGAGAGCUACUCCAGACCCCCCCAGCUCAGUAGUGGUGAGGGUGUGGAGGGGCAGGAGAAGAGACUGAGGGUGAGCUGGGCUGUUCCUCACUCCUGGAAAGAGAGAGACCGCUACCACGAGCUGCUCUAUGAGCUCAGAUACCACACCAUGCCACACGGAACACAGAUAAAAGGGACCACCACAGCCCGGUUCUACACUAUAACAGAUGCGUUGUCAGGAGUACAGUACCUGAUCCAACUCAGAGCUAAGGAAGAGUUUGAUGGCCACUGGAGUGAAUGGAGCACGGCUGUCUACGCCAACACCUGGACAGCCCCUGUGCCAACUGCGUUCAGCGAUCUUUCUCCUGUUAUGCAGGACUACACAGACUACACAGAUUCUGGCUCUGGUAUGACAGAAGAGACAUCAGUCUCUGAGUCUCGGGGUGAUGUGGAGGUGUGGCCUCAUGUCCUGUGGGUGGUUGCUUCCUGUGUGCUGCUGUCAAUCACUCUGUUGUCCGCCUACCUCUACAGGCACAGGGAGAGGUUCAUGUCUAAACUGUGGAGGUUGAGUCCCGUCUCCUCCUCUCCUGCUUGCCCUCCCCCCCUCACAGCCCUGCCUACCCAGGAAGGACAUGCCCUCGUGAACUUUGCACCCAUCUACGGGGAACCUGUCCCACAGGAAGAAGAGAAGAAGGAGGAGGAUGAAGAGGAGAAGAGAGAAGGGGAAGUUAUUCGCUUUAACAACACAAGCUAUUUUCUGGUCCAGAGCAAAUGAUAUGCCUGCUCUUAAAACAAACCCCUUACCCUCUAUCCCAGGCCCUUACUGCUAGCCCCCUGUCCCU